AUGAUCCUCUUUCAGAUUUCCAGAGACGUCAAAGCUGCCUCUGCAAGUACCACUCAUCAUCCACAUUCCCAAGAACCAGCUGUUAAAAAGGUUUUCACAUCAUCUCCCUUUCUAAAGUUGCCAACUCUUCCCCCUUUCAAAGCAUUUUGGUUUCUUAUUGGCACUGCACUCAUUACAACCUUCCUAACUGUACUCGUACUAACAUUAUCAUCUGCAAACAAAUUUAGAUCAUUUUCAUUGAGGAGCCUCACUUCUCGAUACAAACAAGUCGUUCAAGGACAAACAACCCCAUUACCAUCAUCACUCAUCAUUGAGGAGAGUGAUUAUGAACCUAUUGCCACUUCAGAAAUGUGGAGCUCCACUUCCUUGAUGCAGCAACUCUCUCAAAAUAAAGCCAUCUCCCACACCAAGCUGAGCAAAUACUCUCCCACUCUGAAACCCCUACUCGGACAUCAUCGAUGCAAUCGAUAUGGUCGUUUGGAAGAACCUCGCAUCCUCAUUCCUGAUGGAUUUCCCAAUGUGUACAGCACCGAUACCUACAUGGCUUCAUGUAAAUUUGAAAAUCUCUGCAUGACUUCGAGUGGAGAGUUUGUUCUCUUUGAACCCUCUCAACGAAUCACUGGUGGUGAUCGCUUUGCUCAAAUUCUCAACUCUCGUCCGUGGGUCUACACGCAAGGUUCAACCGUUCAUUCGGAUCGAGGUAAUUUUUUUGGCGCCAUCGUAGAUGGUGAUUUGGUAUUGCAAAUGAAUAAGGAGGAGGAGAGCCAAGUGGAGAAUGCGUUUGUGAAAAAAACGAGACAAGUUUCAUGUCAGGGUUUGUUGAUGGCAUGGAAUGGAACGAGGCAUGGGGUGGCAAUAAGCGAUGAUGUAGAGAAUAGUGAAAGGUCUACUGCUUUUGAAAAUUCGAAAAUCAUUGAAGAAAUUCGUGCCCGAGUGGGCAAAGAUCCAAAUGCUUUGUGUCAUGAAAAUUAUUAUGCUCCCAUUGCACUUUCCAAAGAUUUUCAAAUCAUUGAAAAGCCUAUAUAUGCUUUGAAACGUUAUGCGGCUGGAAAUGCUGGACAUUUUCUCUCACAAUCGUUGGGAAUGAUUAUGGGUUUGAUGAUGAAUUUUCAAUCGGAAUCUGUGGGAUCAGCAACAUCUGCGGCCUUCACAUCAUCAUCGUCUUCUUCUCAAUGGCAAGAUAAUCAUAUUUUGUAUUUGGAUGAUUUGGAAAGCAAGGAAGGAUUUGAUUGGAUGGGUUUAUUCGGGUACGAUCUCGAGUUGGGCAAUAAGUUUUCAUUAACGGGUGGGCAAUUGUUGAGUCAAAAUCCAAUUCUUCAACGAUGUUUUGUGGGUGGGCGAUGGAGAGUGAUGCCAGCUCCAUGUCGAAAUGAUUCAUUGUCUAUUCCUACAACUAGCCCAGCUUCAUCAAAUCGAAUGGAGUUGCAAACUUGUUUUACCAAUUUCUUUGCUGGUCACACCACCAAUAACUUGGUCAUCUAUCCAUACGGAAAGGAAUAUACCUAUAUGAAAAUUCGAGAGCUCACCUACAAGAACUUGCGAAUACUUCCCUUCGAUGGAACAUUUACCACAACUCAACAAAAACAACGACUUGAAGCAUUCCUCAAAAAGAAGGACAUUCUAAUUUCAAUUAACCGAAAGGAAAUGUCUGAUCGCCAUCUUCAAGCCAUCUUCAAUGUAGAUCAACUUGCUGACUAUUUGCGCAAACAUUUACCUCAAGAUCCAUUUAUACAAGAGUUGCUGACCAACAAGGACGGCUCCAAACGAAAACUGAUCAUUGAAGACAUUGAUUUGUACAAAUUUCCAAGCAUUCCAUCACAAGUGAGAUACUUCUCUGAUGUGGAUAUUUACAUUUCAGACCCUGGGUCAGCAGCCUAUUAUUCCAUGUUUCUAAGGGAUGAAACCACUGUGAUUUUACCUCCAACUUGUGAGAAUCCUUCAAAAUGCAAAACCUCGCACGGAGUUCACGUGUUACAAGCACUUCCAAAUAUUCAAAUUGCCGACCUACUCGAGUUGAACAACGGCAUACCGCCUCCAUGUAUUCCCAGACCUGGAGUAUUGAGCCAGAUUAAUUGUGAUGUAGUGUUCCCUCCUGACUUGGUUUUGAAAAGUAUUGUGAGAGCCUUUAAAAAAAGAUUCACAAAAUACCUGACAAGGAAGGACUUGGUGUUAUAA